UGUUAUUGGAGGUGACGCAUGAAAAUAUUUUUGUUUCUGCUAGUAGACAGGACCGCAUUUAAGUAGACUCAAGGGUGUAGUCGUAAGCUUAUUUGUUUGUUUAUUUAUUGGUAUUUUUUGUUUGUUACACACAGAAGAUCAGUUGCAGCUGCGUCUUUGUUUUAUUCCAGCAAUUUAAAAACCUAUAGCCAUGUCGGUGAAUAUGGACGAGCUCCGGCACCAAGUGAUGAUAAACCAGUUCGUUUUGACUGCUGGCUGUGCGGCGGACCAAGCGAAACAGCUACUGCAAGCAGCGCACUGGCAGUUUGAGACAGCAUUAAGCACUUUCUUCCAGGAAGCCAAUGUUCCCAGUCACCACCAUCAAAUGACGUGUACCCCACGCAACACCCCGGCCACCCCUCCCAACUUCCCAGACGCCAUCACCAUGUUCUCCAAGCUGCGUGCCUCGGAGAACAUGCACAGCAGCAACAGCUCAGUCCCAGGUUCCAUGGCCUGCUCCCCUCCAGGAAACUUCAGCCCAUUCUGGGCCUCCUCGCCCCCGAGCCACCAGCCCGCCUGGCUGCCCCCCUCCUCCCCCACCAGCCACCACCUCCACUUGCAGCACCACCUCCACCAGCCCAUUUGGCCUCCCGUUUCCCAGCCCGGCAGCGCACAGCAGAAAAGUGUGACCGCCAUCAACGGCCAGAGAUGAGACUCACAAACUCCAAGAGCAGAUUGGCCUGCUGUGGGGAGGGAGCAAGAACCCUUUGUUUUUUUUUUUUUUAUUUGUUUUUUUAAUAAUAAUGAUGAACUGUCAAAUGAAGGUUUUUUUGUGCAUGUGUGUGUGCUUAUUCAUAUGCAGUACAAUGAUCAUCGCUAAAAUGGGAGAGAACCACUAAUCACAAUCAGAUACAAACAUUAAUUCUGAGGACUACUACUAGAGCAUGUGGACUUAAAAGCACUGAAAAAUGCAUUGGGGUAGCAGCAAGAGUGGCACCCCACUAGUGUGCUGGAAUAGACACAGAUUUUUUUUUGUUUGUUUUUUGUAUUUUUGUGCCCCAUCCCCAGCAUGACAUCAUCAAGAUACUCUUCAUUCAAAUUGAAAAGUGUGUUCGCUGUUCAGGAUCACAUUAAUUAUGUAGAGCAUGGAUGGUACUGCUUACUGGUGAGAGGAACAGUCAGCACUUUUCCUAAUAGUCUUUCCACAACUCUUAACACCAGCCUCAAGAACAAGAUUUUUUUUUUUACUGUACAAACCUCUGUAGCACAGCCCAGGACAGAUGUUAUUGACUAGCGGGCAAUAAUACCUUCAAUAGAGUGCUAUUUUGUUGUCCUGGUUGGGAUUACAUUAAACAAGCAGAUAAUGGUAAUGCACUGCUUAUUUCUAUAGCAAACCCUGAGCGUUUCUCAGUUCUUUUGAGUAUUUUUUUAAUUGAUACCAGCAAUUUAGAAAAACUCAAUUUUUAAGUUUUUCCUUCCUUCCUUCCUUCAUCUCUACAUCACUAGAUAGACAUGUUAGCUACAUCUCCAGCUGAACUGUGCAUGGUCGCAAUCAUAAAAGAUAUAUCCAGGUAAAUAUCAACAACUCCUGCCACUUCCACACCUACAAUGUGAGGGCAGGGUGAGCAGGAUAGGGCAGUUAUGCCUAAACCUCAGAAUACAACAAUCCUGUCCGGUAUCCUAACUUGCAGAAAACGUCAGGGUUUAUUUACUUGAUGCAAAGACCACCCCAGUACUGCAUUGCCUUACCGCAGGGUUCCUCUGCUCCUCUGAGCCCCCUGUCCAUGCAGUGGGAGGGUGAAGCUACACAGCACACCCAUUACUGAUU